AUGCGCUACUUGGACAAACUCCCCCGCUUGUUUCAUGUUGAUCUCAAUGUGAGAAGCCUUAAAAGCAAAGAAGACGAAAUAAAUGUUGCUUUGAACAAAGCUGCUUCGCAGAGCAGCUUUUUUUCGGCAUUAUACCCUGCGGAAAGAGCUGUGGACGGCAACACGGGAGCCAACCUGUUCCAUCUGCGUGAGUGCACACAUACCAACCUGGAGUACCAGCCGUGGUGGAAGGUUGAUCUUGGAAACACCUACGUCAUCAAUCACGUGACAGUCACCAACCGUGGAGACUGCUGUGGGGAACGGCUGAAAGAUUUUAUGAUACGAGUUGGACAUAACGAGGACAUCAGCAAAAAUGAACAAUGUGGAGACACCUAUACGAACAUCCCAGAAGACGGAGAAAUUCUAGACAUACAGUGUACAACUCCCAUCUCUGGCAGGUGGGUGUCUGUUCAGCUGUCAGGGCGGAGGGACUACCUGUCACUGUGUGAAGUACAGGUGUUUUCAACAUCAGUCUAGAGGGAAGAGGAACACGUACAAUCACGGAGACAUCGUCCACUACGUACCGGGGGAACCG